AUGGGUGGCCAGAACAGAGAAGGCGGCAAGAUUAAGCCUCUAAAGGCUCCCAAGAAACAGAACAAGGACCUCGAUGAGGACGACAAGGCUUUCCUCGAGAAGAAGCGAGCUGACGAGAAGGCACGCGCAGAGAUGGCCAAGAAGGCUGGUGGCAAGGGACCAUUGAACAGCGGCAGUCAGGGCAUCAAGAGGAGCGGCAAGAAAUAA